AUGAAGGGCGAGGUUCUUCACCUUCACCUGGGCCAGGCUGGUACCCAGCUUGGUAACAGUGCCUGGGAGCUGUACCUCCUUGAGCACGGCCUGAGCGCUGACGGCCGUCCGGACCCCAACCUGAAGGACAUCGGCGAGGGUGGCUCGUACGAGACCUUCUUUACCGAGACCAGUAACGGCAAGUAUGUGCCGCGGUCUAUCUUUGUCGACCUCGAUCCGUCUCCGAUCGACGAGAUCCGCACCGGCAACUAUCGCCAGCUCUUUCACCCUGAGCUGCUUAUCAGCGGCAAGGAGGAUGCCGCCAACAACUACGCCCGUGGUCACUACACCAUUGGCAAGGAGAUGGUCGACAACGUCAUUGACCGUAUCCGCCGUGUCGCCGACAACUGCAACUCCCUUCAGGGCUUCCUGAUCUUCCACUCUUUCGGUGGUGGUACCGGCUCUGGUUUCGGUGCUCUGCUGCUGGAGCGUCUGUCUACGGAGUACGGUAAGAAGUGCAAGCUGGAGUUUGCCAUCUACCCGGCUCCCCGUGUCUCCACCGCCGUUGUCGAGCCCUACAACGCCGUUCUGUCGACCCACAGCACUAUUGAGAACUCGGACUGCACGUUCCUCGUCGAUAACGAGGCUGUUUACGACAUCUGCCGCCGCAACCUGGAUAUCCCCCGCCCCGACUACGAGCACCUGAACCGCCUCAUCGCUCAGGUUGUCAGCUCCAUUACCUCUUCUCUGCGCUUCGACGGUGCCCUGAACGUGGAUUUGAACGAGUUCCAGACCAACCUGGUCCCCUACCCGCGUAUCCACUACCCGCUGAUCAGCUACGCUCCUGUCGUCUCUGCGUCCAAGAGCGCUCACGAGAGCUUCAAGGUCCACGACCUGACUUUCCAGUGUUUCGAGCCCAACAACCAGAUGGUUGUCUGCGACCCCCGCAACGGCAAGUAUAUGGCUGUGGCUCUGCUGUAUCGCGGCGACGUCGUUCCCCGCGACUGCAACGCCGCUGUUGCUGCGCUGAAGGCGAAGGCGUCGUUCAACCUGGUCGAGUGGUGCCCUACUGGUUUCAAGAUCGGCAUCAACUACCAGAAGCCCGUGGCUGUGCCGACCGCCUCGCCCACCGACGGGGGCCUCGCCAGUGUCGACCGCUCCGUCUCCAUGCUGUCCAACACCACUGCCAUUGCCGAGGCAUGGUCGCGUCUCGACCACAAGUUCGACCUCAUGUACAGCAAGCGCGCCUUCGUGCACUGGUACGUUGGUGAGGGUAUGGAGGAGGGUGAGUUCAGCGAGGCCCGUGAGGAUCUUGCUGCGCUUGAGAAGGAUUACGAGGAGGUGGCCGCCGAUUCGUUCGAGGCUGAGGAGGGCGACAUUGAGUACUAA